GAAGGAAAGUAGUGGGACUCCGGAGGAGAGAGAGAAGGAGAGAAGGGAAAGAGAGAGAAGGAACUUCGUGCUUUACAUUACACACAGACACGGGAUAAAGGACGACUGCGUGGACAGUUGUUAUAUACAUUUUGUGCCUUUUAAUUUGUAAAUCAACGUUUACACGUGCGUUUACGGUUGUAGUGGAUGUAAAGGGAUUAGAAUAGAAUCGGGGGAAUGUAUCCUGCUCGGGCAACAGUGACCGACCGUCUUCCGAGAUGUCAACUCAACAUUCUCCGGGCCAUCAUGCUACUCCAGGCCGUUCUAGAGAUGACUGCGACCAGGUUUGAAGACCCUAGUGUGAUGGGCGCUUCCACUUGGAACAGCUCAGACCUGUUUCUUCGUCUGGAGGCUCCUAUGAACAACAUCACCACGUCUCUGGGCCAGACGGCGGAGCUGCUGUGCCGUGUGUCCGGUAACCCCCUUCCCACGGUGCGCUGGUUGAAGAACGACGCUCCCGUGGUCCAGGAGCCUCGUCGGAUCUCCUACCGACCCACGACCUACGGAUCGCGCCUCCGCAUCCGUAACCUGGACACCACAGACACCGGCUACUUCCAGUGUGUGGCCACCAACAGCUACGGCACCGUCUCCACCACCGGAGUUCUCUUCGUCAAGUUUGAUCCACUCCUAACCCCUCUGCCAGGAAGACCCUCUGCGGAUGAUUUUGAUGAAGAGGGGUUUUGCCAGCCGUACAGGGGCGUAGCUUGUUCUCGCUUCAUAGGGAACCGCAGCAUCUUCGUCGACUCCCUGCAGAUGCAGGGCGAGAUCGAGACCCAGAUCACAGCCGCCUUCACCAUGAUCGGAACGUCCAGCCACCUGUCGGACCGCUGCUCCCAGUUCGCCAUCCCGUCUCUGUGCCACUUUGCCUUCCCGACAUGUGACCGCAGCUCUGGGACAGACAAGCCCAGGGACCUGUGUAAGGAUGAAUGCGAGAUCCUGGAGAAUGACCUGUGUAAGACCGAGUACAUCAUCGCCCGAUCCAACCCCAUCAUCCUGAAGAGACUGAAGCUGCCGAACUGUGAGGACCUGGCAGCACACGACAGCCCAGAGGCUGCGAUCUGUAUGAGGAUAGGAAUCCCCAUGGCCGAGCCCAUCAACAAGAACCACAAGUGUUUCAACAGCAGUGGUUCAGCCUACCGUGGGACGGUCAGUAAGACCAAGUCAGGUCGUCAGUGCCAGCCCUGGAACUCCCAGUACCCUCACAGCCACACCUACCUGGCGUUGCGCUACCCAGAGCUCAGCGGAGGCCACUCUUACUGCCGUAACCCCGGCAACACGCAGGAGGGACCAUGGUGUUUCACCCUGGACGAGGGAGUCCGUAUGGAGCUGUGCGACAUCCCCGUCUGCGAUUAUAAGGAGAACCGUGGGGGCAGUAACAUGGAGAUUCUUUACAUCCUGGUCCCGAGCGUAGCCAUCCCUCUGGCCAUCGCCCUCUUCUUCUUCAUCUGUGUGUGUCGUAACAACCAGAAGGCUGCCCGACCCCCGGCGCCCCGACAGCCCAAACCUGUCAGAGGACAGAAUGUAGAGAUGUCCAUGCUCACCAACUACAAACCCAAGAGUAAGACCAAGGAGCUCCCCCUCUCUGCAGUGCGGUUCAUGGAGGAGCUAGGUGAAUGUGCAUUUGGUAAGAUCUACAAGGGCCACCUGUACCUGCCUGGUAUGGAGCAAGCCCAGCUGGUUGCCAUCAAGACCCUGAAGGACUACUCCAGCCCUGGCCAGUGGGGUGAAUUCCAACAGGAAGCGUCGGUCAUGGCUGAGCUUCACCAUCCCAACGUGGUGUGUCUGCUGGGUGUAGUGACCCAGGAACAGCCUGUCUGCAUGCUGUUUGAGUUCCUGAACCAAGGGGACCUCCAUGAGUUCCUCAUCAUGCGCUCUCCUCACUCUGACGUGGGCUGUAGUAGCGACGAGGACGGGACCGUCAAGUCCAGCCUGGACCACGGAGACUUCCUGCACCUGGCCUUACAGGUGGCUGCUGGGAUGGAGUACCUGGCCAGUCACUUCUUCGUCCAUAAGGACCUAGCAGCCCGUAACAUCCUGGUGGGAGAACAGCUCCACGUCAAGAUAUCUGACCUGGGCCUGUCCAGAGAGAUCUACACCUCAGACUACUACAGGGUCCAGCCCAAGGCUUUACUCCCUAUCCGCUGGAUGCCUCCAGAGUCCAUUGCCUAUGGGAAGUUCACGUCGGAGUCAGACAUCUGGGCGUUUGGUGUGGUGCUUUGGGAGAUCUUCAGCUACGGCCUGCAGCCCUACUACGGCUUCAGCAACCAGGAGGUCAUGGAGAUGGUGAGGAAACGUCAGCUGCUGCCCUGCCCAGAGGACUGCCCCCCCAGGGUCUUCGGCCUGAUGACAGAGUGCUGGCAGGAGGGCCCGACGAGAAGACCACGUUUCAAAGAUAUCCAUGGCCGUCUGAGGGCCUGGGAGGGGCUGUCAUCCCACGCUAGUUCUAGUACUCCAUCAGGAGGCGGGGGCAACGCCACAACUCAGACCACCUCGUUGAGCGCCAGUCCGGUCAGUAAUCUCAGCAACCCGCGCUAUGCCGCCGCUGCAGGUUACCUCUACCCGGCCCAGGGGAUGCCUGCGCAAGGUCAUCCAGGCCACCAGAUGGCAGGCUGGACCCCUAUGACCCAUGGAGCGCCCAUGGCCCAGAACCAACACCAACGCUUCAUCCCUGUCAACGGGUACCCAAUCCCCCCAGGCUACGCUGCCUUCCCUGCGGCCCACUUUCAGACCCAGGGCCCCCCCAGGGUGGUGCAGCACCUCCCCCCGCCCAAGAGCAGAUCUCCCAGCAGCGCUAGCGGCUCCACCAGCACCGGUCACGUGACAAGCGUGCCCUCCACGGGGUCCAAUCAGGAUGCGAACACGCCUCUGCUGUCACACUGCGUGGCAAUAUCCGCCCUGCCAGGGGGCGGGACCAUGCAGGUGUACGGACACAUGUCCCAGAAGGCUUUGCAACAGAUGGACCCCUCACAGACGUCCGCGCUGCUGGCCGACGCCAACAGACUCAUGUAUAGUGAAUCGGUCAUCACUGCAGACCUGUAAAUACACUGCAUACCUGUACUAUAUAUCACCUGGUUGAUUGGAUGGUUUUUGUUUAGUUUUUGUUGUAAGAAAGUUAUUAUAAUAAUUGUUUCAACUUUCUGCUUUUACUUGUAAAUACACGUAAAUCCUGAAUGAACGAGAUGCAAAGAUUUAUAUUCAAAAGAAGUAAAAAGAGACAUCAAGCGUGUCCUGCCCCCUACUCUGAAACUCAAACUGCCUUUUUAGUGAUGCUACUCCGUUUGCCUGCCUGGACACCGGGAUUUCUAAGCUCAGAGUAGGUCAUCAAUAACACACCUGUCAAUAUAAUGACUCUAUCACUCGGACAUCAUUGUGAAUAACCUCCUAUUGACGUCAAUAAAUCUUCCAAGACUCCCGUUGGCUACAAUAUGUACUGCAGCAGGGUGUGUUGUUGCUUGGACUGGAGGGCCCCUGUACUGAAGCAGGGUGUGUUGUUGCUUGGACUGGAGGGGCCCUGUACUGAAGCAGGGUGUGUUGUUGCUUGGACUGGAGGGGCCCCGUACUGAAGCAGCGGGAGUCCCCGGUUGUGUAGUCAGUAGGGCUUUAUAUUCAGUUGAGCCUGUGUCAGCACAUCUGCCUGGCUGGCAUCCCUACAGUGCACCUCUCUCCUCCAGGAGGCUAAGCCCCCCUCUGGGGAUAUGUGAACUUCAAAGACUUCUGAUUUGACUUCAAAGCGGCCUGUGGAGAAGGGACGAGGCCCUACCUACGCAACGCUAUGCAAUGACAUAGCACUCAUACCCUCUGCUUCAAUCUCCACAGCUAUGUGCCUCCACAGAUGUGUGCCUCCACAGAUAUGUGCCUCCACAGAUGUGUGCCUGGAGGGCCCCUGUACUCCACAGAUGUGUGCCUCCACAGAUAUGUGCCUCCACAGCUAUGUGCCUCCACAGAUAUGUGCCUCCACAGAUGUGUGCCUCCACAGCUAUGUGCCUCCACAGAUGUGUGCCUCCACAGAUGUGUGCCUCCACAGAUGUGUGCCUCCACAGCUAUGUGCCUCCACUAGACACUCUCUCGUUCUCAAUACAGGGUUCUGUCAACUCGUAUGCAAUGAUAUACUGUAGCUACUAGGAACAAAUCAGAACAGUGUUUAAACCAGCCGUACUUCUCUCGCCAGUCUGUGUCCAUGUCUGUCCUCCUCUUUCUUAUCAUCUCAUAUCUGGUACAUUCAGCUAUGCAAUAUGGCUCUUACAUUGGCUAUGCAGACUUUGAUGGAUAAUCGUAUUGUCUUUUGAUGACAUAUAGAAGUGGGACUAACAAAUGUAUGCCGAUCAUUACAACUUCUUUGUCAAAACGAUCCAUGAUAUAAAAAAGUAUGUUCUACUAUAGACUGAAUGAAUGAUAUAAGGCUUUUGAUAAAAUACGGGGGGGUGAAUGAGAAAUCCUUCCACAUUUUAGCACACAGCUCACAGAAGCAGCUACAAUACAGUAUAUUUCACCUCAGUUGAAUGUGUUUGUUGCUAUGCAACUGUUUAGUUAAAAAGACGCACCCUUUGCCCGUACAGAAAGAGGACAAUCGUCGGUUUACCCUUGGUAGCACUUGCCUUCCAUGUUAACUUUGGUAUAAUACACAACUCUGUAAUGUUAAGUGCAUCCUUAUCUUUUAUCAAGGUACAACGUCUACUAUCCUGACAUUUUCUGUGAUGUGUCAAUUAGUCCGAUACUGUCGAGAGGUACAAACCUGCUCUUUGGAUGAAGGUUUUUGGUUUGUUUAAAUUCCACAUAUCUUUUAUUUUUUUCUAAAACAGGUUUUUACCUUCCUAGGUAUCUGGAGUUUUAUACAGGUAUCUUUUGAUAAAUGUAUAUGAAUAUACGUGCAUAUAUACCAGUUCAAAACCACUUAAACACAAGACUGUGAAUCUUGGGACUGGCUAUUUUGUGUAGUUAAAAAAAAAAAAAAAAUGUUAGAUCAGUUUCUUUUCAUAAAACAGUCUAAGACAGUCUUUUCAUAAAACUUCUUUAGAUUGCAGUAUUACAGUGUAUUCAUCAGAAAGGUUUACAUGCAGAAUAUUCUAUUGACCAAGAGGCCUUGUCUUUGUAUUUGUCAGAAGAUAUUUGCACAGAAGUUUUGUAUGGCAAAAUAUUAUUAAAUAAUUCAAUGUUUUUGUCA